CUGCGUGCGGCCGCCCCAACCCCGGGCAAGUUUCUCGUCCCUUCCCCGGGGCUGCCGCAAUUUCCAUUAAUAGCCAGCCGAGCAGCCCGGCUAAAAAUAACCCCGGGCCCUCUUCAUAAGGCCCCGCCGGCCGCCCCCCGGGCCAGCCCCACACGCCAUGGCCGAGCGCCGCGUCCCCUUCACCUUCCUGCGCAGCCCCAGCUGGGACCCCUUCCGCGACUGGUACCAUGGCAGCCGCCUCUUCGACCAGUCCUUCGGGAUGCCCCACAUCCCCGAGGACUGGUACAAGUGGCCCAGCGGCAGCGCCUGGCCGGGAUAUUUCCGCCUGCUGCCCCGGGAGAGCGCGCUGCUGCCCGCGCCCGGCUCGCCCUUCGGCCAGGCCCUGACCCGCCAGCUCAGCAGCGGCGUCUCCGAGAUCCGCCAGACUGCCGACAGCUGGAAGGUCACCUUGGACGUGAACCACUUCGCACCUGAGGAGCUGGUGGUGAAGACCAAGGACAACAUCGUGGAGAUCACCGGCAAACACGAGGAGAAGCAGGAUGAACACGGCUUCAUCUCCAGGUGCUUUACCCGAAAAUACACCCUUCCCCCUGGUGUGGAAGCCACGGCCGUGCGGUCCUCGCUGUCUCCCGAUGGAAUGCUGACGGUGGAGGCCCCCCUGCCCAAGCCUGCCAUCCAGUCUGCCGAAAUCACCAUCCCCGUCACCGUGGAGAGCCAAGCCAAGGAGCCGGCCAAGAAGUAGGCGGCACCGAGGAGGAGGAAGAGAAGCCGCCACUGCCCACCCCGCCCCCAGCUGCCCCUCACACCCACCCCCUUUUUACUGUUGAUUUUGUACUCGCCCUGCCACGGAGUGCCUUGAAUAAAUGUGAAGGAACCGACAGAAUCAGCCGGAAUAAAAUCUGGUGAAAGAAA